AUGCCCAACCUGUCUGAUAUACGAAAAGAAAUCCUCGGAAACAAUAUUGCCAAACGGAUUGUCGUUAGACUGAAUACUAAAGCCCUCGAUCCUCAAAACUACCGUGCAUCGGCGUAUAUUGUUGCCAGCGAAAUCUUUCCCGAGUGGGAAAAUGACUAUCGGAUUCUCUUCCUCGCCAUUGACGUAUGGAGUGAACGAACCUUUCUCGUCAUUGAUGUCAACCACCAUGACUACGACUUUCACACAGCACACAAGACCAAUGCCGUUCUUCCAGUGUAUGUGCUGCGACCGCAUGGGAAAGGCCGUGACUGGGCUCUUAUAAGGUGGCCUCAAGAGGAUGAGCCCCUUGCUGCGAAGCUAGCGGAUCUCCAUAACGUCAAUGGCUUUGACAUCCCAACGCCUUUCUUAGAAAACCACACUUCUCGCCUCGUACACGCCAAUCCCCGCGAGUUUCCUGUGUGA